UUUUCAAAUUGACACUUUGAUAUUAGGUAUUUACAUGGCUGGUACUUCUGGACCAGAAAUGCCGGAGGGCAGGGAAGAUGAAGACGAGGCUGUGACCCAGUUUCUGAUGAGUAUUGGCCUUGACUGCCUCACAGAACUGUUCUCCAGACAGAAGAUUACCAUGGAUAUUUUAAAGGAGAUGACUUCAGAAAAUUUGAAGGAGGCUGGAGUACAGGAGUAUGGAUACAGACACAAGAUUAUCAAAGAACUAAACAAAAGAAAAGGGUUUUCGGAGUCUGCUCAAAGGUCAAUAUAUCAACAAAAAAGAAAGGCAAACUUUGAACAGCAUAGUUUGAUACCCAGCAAGAAACACUGCAUACUUGGAAAACCUUUCUAUCAAAAACCUGUGCUGCACCCGAGGAGAAAAUCCAAGAAACCAAGAACACAAAUACCACAAAUUCAUCAGACGGCAGCUUCGACUCAGACAUCCUCCCCCCUACCACAAAACAAUUUGUCAAGUACGAGGAAUUCUAAUAAUCAUGGAACGAUGCAAUCCAUUGCUACUCAAAUCAUCCCCCAAAUAUUUUCUUCCAACAGUUUGAGUUAUACUAAUUCAACAUCUCCUGCCACUAGCAAUAGUCAAAUUGCAACAAGAAGUAACAACCAAACGACGCUGGCAAAUAUUCAAUCAAUAUCGGUAGUUAAUAGCCAAGGCACGAGUCAGUCAAUUAAAGUACCCAUCCAGUCCUCUGUCAGUUCAUCAGCCACAACUUGUAGCACCACCGCCUCCUCAUCAACAUCGACUUGUUCGAGUUGUACAACAGCGUCUUCACACUUAACCCUUACGUAUGACAAUGAUGACGCCAUUACAGAGGAUGAAAAUAGGUUCUUGAGGUUUUUAUUGUUGGCACAACUGGGCACCGAAGCUCUGAGGAUGGCAUUUGACAGUAAAGUUCCACCACCCGUCCUGGCUUCUCAUCUACAGACUCAUAUACGCAAACUAAAGGAGAGAUGUACUUCUCAGCAGAUGAAAGUCCUUUUCCCAAUCUGUCUGGUAUCGACGACAAACUUUGAUACAACUUUGCUCUACACUCUUUUCCGUAAUACAGUUAGUGUUAAGGCUCCCUCUAACGGUUGGGGAAAAGAUCCCCGCCCUCACAGUACCUCUCUUACUGAUGAUAUAGAGCGCGUAAGGAUACACAGAAACUCCAUUUGUCAUGGGAGGACUUCAAUGGAUCAACUGACUUUCCAAAGGAAAUGGUUUGAUUUAUCAGAGGCAAUUUCUCGUUUGAGUAAUGGAACAUUGAAAAAAGAAACGUCUUCUUUGGAGACGAGAAAUUUUGAUAAGAAAGCUAGGAAGAGUAUCAUGGAUGACUUUGAUCUCUUAAAAAAUAGAGUGUCAGAGUUAGAGCAGACUCAUAUACCAGCGCACAUAAAAGGUACAUUCUCUUUCAUAAAUGAAAAAUACAGUCACAAAAUUAUUCAAG